AUUUGAUAUUUUAUGGAGCAUGGAUUUAAUCACAGUAUUUGUUUCGUUUCUGGAUGCAUGAUACGGAAUGAAAAGAUGGCUCUACUGUACAUCUUAUAACUCAGUGAUAUCACAUUUCCUUAACUGCCAACUCCGUGAUCAUUGGUGACCAUGGAUACCAGCCAAAAGGAGCAAGACCUACUCCACACUGCACAGAGUACCAUGCAUUUAGCAGAAAUGAAAGAUUCUAUCACAGAGAUAGAAAGAACAAACAACUUCAUUUUAAAGAGACUAAAUCAGCAACAGGAUAGAAUGGAAGGAGAACAUGUACAUCUUGGAGAGCUGACAGGGACAUUGAUGGAGAGACUGCAGAAUUUAGAACAACGGGAACAGAAACAGGAUGCAGAGAUGCAACAGCUGGUGAAGACUGUGAUGGAGCUUGGAGAAACCCUCUCCAGUAUGUGUACCAGAAUAGACAGCAUUAAGUCUGCACUGACUAAAGGAACCUUGGGCAAAGACCGUCACAGCAAGUGCAGAGGACGUCCUGGUACACACCAUAAACAGGAGAAAUCUCAACAGUCUGAUGAACCAAAGCAUUCCUUGUCAGAUCCAACUGAGGGGAAAAAUUCAGGUGAAGCCAGGAAAGGAACAGACAUAGUUUUCACAAAUGAUCCAGGUGAUGGUUCCCAGCAGACUCUGCCAUCUGAGACAACAACAAUGGGACCAAAACAGGUUUCAGAAAUUUCAGAAAAAUCGCAGGGAUCAGAGACACUACUUCAGAAAAACAUUGUUAAAGAUGACCCCAUGAAUGGGAAAACAUUAGAACCCUUAAAAGUAUCAAAUUCAGGUGAUAAAAAAAGAAAUGAAGAAGAAACAAGUAAUUGUAAUCAGUAUUCUGAUUUAUCUCGAGUCAGUGGCCCUGAUACUGAACAAAAUGUUGAAUUUCCUAAUGUUUGUGACUCUGGUCCUAGACAAGCACCUGAAUCUCCUGAUGUAUUCCAAGUUAGUGGACCUGGUCCUGGACUAGAAGUUAAAGUGGAAAAUAGUGUAGAAGGACAUAUCUCUAAUGGUACAAUCAGUGAUGAGAUGUGGAAUUCUGUAGUAGAAGCUGAAUCAGACAAAGCCAGGGAAAGUCAACUCCCUUACGGUGACGGGAUAGACACUGUGUUUUUAGUCGACAUUUCUGAGAGUAUGAAGGAGAAUGGUCUACAGCAAGCCAAAGAUGCCAUGAACGAAAUAUUAGAUUGGUUGGAGUUGGUUGCAAAGGAGGAGCAAAUGGAGGAAAAUGUUGGCGUGGUAACUUUUGGUCACAUCACCCAGUGUAGGCAUUACCUAACCAAGGACUAUCAGUCUGUAAGGGAAUGUAUUGAUGGUCUGUGUGCUGCGGGAUCUUCACCGCUGUAUGGUGGCCUCGAUAUGGCUCUGGCAUUAUUCAAACACAAAGGUGAUGCUACCACUUUGGUGUGUAACCACAAAAUUUCCCCUCGGAUAGUGUUGCUAAGUGAUGGCCAGGCAACUGAUCAUCACUUACUUGGAGGACAAGAUGAUAGGAAGUCUCCCAUAGAGCCACAGACAAGAGAGAAGAUUCUAACAUUUGGUAGAGAAUUAGCCGAAAGGCGGAUUCCAAUAUAUUGUGUCCCUAUUGGAGAUGAUGUUAAUCAGAGUUUGCUAACUGACCUUGUCACGACAACAUUUGGUCUGAUGGUGUCUCCAGACGAGGUUUUCAGGAUAGGACGACACAACAAUAAUCUUGCCUGUGUACUGAGGAUCAAAAAGAUAAUUCCCUGCGAUGGAUUGGAUAAAACAGCCCUUGAAUCAGUAGUCAAAACAACAGGAAAAACGUUUUCAGCAGAUGACUUGGAGGAUAUGAUAGCUUUACUUGGUAAUCCAGCAUACCAGGAGACAGUAGAUGAGGGCUUCAGCUUUGAUGACCUUCAGGAGAAUGACCCCAACAUGCCUCCUAUUGGGACAAGAGUUCGACGCGGACCAGAAUGGAAGUGGAAAAAUCAGGAUGGCAAUGGAGUUGGCACAGUUGUUGGUCACGGCAAAGAUGGUUGGAUAAAGAUAGAAUGGGACUGCUCAAACAAGGGGGAAUAUCGCUAUGGUAACGAUCAGGCAUUUGAUGUAGUGGUUGUAGAAGAACCACGACUGCUGACGCAAGAAGAAACCAUAGCAACAGGAUGUGUUGUCUGUCGUGGGAUAGAUUGGGAGUAUGAUGACCAGGAUGGUGGUUUUGGAAAGAUAGGUACCGUUUAUCACACAAAACCUGAUGGGCAAGUCUGGGUAAGAUGGCCGAAUGGUCACAGAGGACAAUUUAAGUAUAUCGCAACUCUCAGACAGGAUGUGGAAGUAUGUGACCCAUUUGAGGUACAUCAAAUUCGAGCUAAACAACAAGCUGAACACAGAAUCUGUGUGCAGGCUGAGGAAGGGGCCACAGGAGGGGUAUUUCUAGCAUCUAGAUCCAGCAGUUUAUCAGAAUGUCCAUCUGUUCCGGACAUACCACAUGACGAUGAUGAUGAUGAUGAUGAUGAUGAUCGUCUUGAAGUUCCAUCAAUGUCAAUCUAUGAUAUUAUGCAACCUUCUAAAGGCCUCUCAGAUGAAGAAGAGGAUGAAGAGGAUAAGGAUGAAAAAAGAUGCAUAGAGUUGUCUCUGGUUGAAGCCAUGAACAGAAAAAAUGAAUCUGCCACAAGUCUUCCUCCCCGAAGGACUGAAGGACCCGAGGCAUUAACUGAGCAGUCGCCUUUGGAAGAUUUGAACUCCAUCACAGUGAAGGAAACAGAAGGUCAUGUCACAGCAAAGGAAACUGAAGGUAAAGUCACAGUGAAGGACACUGAAGGUCAUGUCACAUCAGUGAAGGAAAUAGGUCAUGUCACAGUAAAGGACACUGAAGGUCAUUUCACAGUGAAGGACACUGAAGGUCAUGUCACAUCAGUGAAGGAAACCGAAGGUCAUGUCACAACAGAGAAGGAAAUAGGUCAUGUCACAGUGAAGGAAGCUGAAGGUCAUGUCACAGUGAAGGACACUGAAGGUCAUAUCACAACAGUGAAGGAAGUAGGUCAUGUCACAGUGAAGGAAACUGAAGGUGUUGUCACAGUGAAGGACACUGAAGGUCAUGUUACAGUGAAGGAUGCUGAAGGUUCAAUACUACAUGACCUUGAUACUUCAGUCUAUUCUAGUAACCAGCAGGCAGACACGCCAUUCCAGCUUCUUCCAGAUGUAAAAGGUCUUUCAGGCAGUUUCCAGAGACACAGUUUAGACGAUGAGAAAGUCAAUUCUUGUACAUCAGUGUUGCCCAGUCAAAACUACAAGCCAGUCAGCAGUGAGAAUUUUGAUGGUGACAGUGCAACACAUUGUGAAAGAAAUGAAAUAACACACACUGUUGCUGGAUAUCAAAGUGACAGUCAAAGCAUCAGUCUAGAGGAUUCUGUAGAAUGUAAUGAAUCCUCUAACUUUGGUGUUCCCUUGUCACAGAGUACACCAGGACCUGAAGCAGUGGGGACACUCCGUAAACCUGAAGCUGUUGCCUCAGUUGGCACUCCAGUCACAGGAAGCUCUGGACAUAGUGAAGCUGUCAGAGAUGAUAACCUUGAUUUUACAAAAUCAAAAUUUAGUUUGACGGAAGAGCAGAGAACAUAUAUAUCUCAUCCCACCACAGACUUGGAAACAUCUAAGAUUAAAAUGACCCUAUCCUCAGAAUCUUCAGUAUUGACACAGUCUCCCACAGACUCUCCUUGUAGCUCCCUCAGAGGACGAACGAUUGCAGUAGGAGCUGACAGCAUCAGAAACCUCUCUUCCGGCACAUCCAGUUUGAUAUCAACAUCUCGAAGUCAGGCGAACACCAGCCUUGAUGUUUUAAGUGAAACCUUUUCGGACACUGCUUCUCUGAUGUCGACAUCGACAAUGUCAUCCACAGAUGUGAUAUGGCAAUGGGAAGAUAAGCAGAAUGUAUGGCAUGCCUACUCACCAGAGCAGAACCAAAAGAUAGAGAAAACCAGGAAACGAAGCCCCAAAGGCACAGUGGUGGUGUCCAUCAGUGGAGAAAAUUACCGUGUAGCAAUGUACAAGGGCAUACAGAUUCAUACUGUCACUCGGGCAACCAACAACAUCAGGUGUAUAGAUAAACCUAAUGAUGUUGCAAACCUUGGCGAUGUAGAGACAUGAAAUUCAAGUUUAAUCUUGGCAAAGGAUGGUUGGACAUAUGACACCUCAAAAUCAACCAAUGCUAGUCAAGCAGGUCCUGGAUACUUAAGAGGUGACUCCAGAUUCAAUUCUAGUUUAAAGUUGGUAUUCUCAGUAAACGUUUCUUUGGUACUCUCAAAAAGUGAACUCUAAACAGUCGAAUGUUGACAGUGGUCAGACAUGACUAAGUUGUGUUUAAGCAGGGUAUGGUUUUCUUUUGGGUCCAUCUUUCAAAAUGAAACAUUUUCCCUUAAAAUUGACAUUAUAAAAAGAACAUGUGAAAGAGUUCAUUGAUAAUUAUAACUGACCUGUUUUGAGAUUAUGUACAUUUUUGUAAUGUACAUGUAUGACUGCUCAAAUAGGAGUUUGUAUUAUUAGUCAUAACAUGAAUAUCACUACAUUGUUUGUAUAAAAUGUGAAAUAUCAGUAUUUUGCUGUGUUGAGAUGUCAUCCGCGACUGGUAAAAUAAAUUUUUCUAGUCUAGAUCAUGUUUAAGACAUAGUGUAUAUAGUUCCUCCUUGGAUUGCUGUCUGCUUGGUAUACAAAAGAAGAUUUCACACUGACAUGCACUUCAAGAUUUCUUCAAUCUAAAUUUUGAAAAAUUGAUUGAAAGAGACCACAAAUAUACAGGAUCUGUUCUUGUAGUAGUCAUACUAGGUUAGUAAGGAAAUGUUAUUCUGGUGUUAAUCAUGUGUUAUAACAGCAUUUAUUUCAGUUUUUGUUAUGCAUUUGAUUUGUUAAUGUUUGUGUAUGAUCACAAGUGUAAAUAAUGUAAUAUAUCCUGUAGCAAUUGUCAUUGCCAGACAGAAAUUGAUAGUGAUAUCAGAAUAUGUUUGAUUUGGUCCUCCACACUUCGAUUUUGAAACCUGUCAAAAUGUUAUUUUUCUGAGUUUUAUGAUAAAAAGUAUCAUAAAUUUGUUUUCAUUUCAUACGAAAUUUUAUGAAACUUUUCUCAAAGUUUUAAUAUUUGCUUACCAAGGGUCAUAAAAAUAAUAACUUCAAGACUUGUUUCAUAAAAUCUUGUAUGCAUGGAAAACAUUUAUGACAUGGGUGUAUUACAAAGUGUAAAAGGUAAGAUGAACUAUGUGAAAUAAUACAGGGACAUCUUUAAUCAGAGAUUUGUUUUAGUGGAAAAAAACAUGUCUCCAUUUAUUAGUAAAUAAAGAAAUUUAACUUACUGAAUUGUAUUGUAAAAUUUGCAUUUAUUUGACCUUGAGGUCAAAGUUGCAAUGAUCAUUGACACCUCAAUGUUCUGCAUUUCAUCAAUGGGUGGUAAUAGUGAACAGCAACAUUCAUGAGUAAAUGUCUUCAUACUUUAAAAGUACUGGCCAGACAAGAAAUGUAAAGUUUUGAACAUAUAUAUAAUCUUGAAGAACCAGAUAAAGCCAGCACUGAUAUGUCUCCCUUCAUUCCCUUUCCACUUGAUUUAAUGGCUUUAUCACCCUGUGUUUCAAUCCAGAAUGAUGAGAUUAAAGUGUCUUAACCAAGGACAUACGUAUAGACCAGUUCAUUUCUUAGCUUUCUGAGACACACAAAGCACCAUGGGUAAUUUGUGUCAUAACAACAUACCUUGAAUCUUCACUUUAUAUUAUGUAGACAAAUGCUUUAACUGACACCAACCCCUACCACUUCCUUCAUUUGAAGAGGAGACAUAAUAAACAGAAUAUUGGAUAUAAUGAAUAUUGGAACAGAGAAGUGAAAUAACCAUAAGAAUAGGUACUAAGAAUGGCCAUCACACCUGAUGUAUAAUAUUCACUCAUUCAUGAAAAGUAGUUUAUUUUUGUACUAUCGACUUAUGGAACGAUAUGUAACAGUAUGGUGAUGAUUGAAUAGUUAUUUGUGGUAUGUAAGAGAAAAUAGUUUGUUAUAAAUCUACUGGGCUUUCAGGCAAUUAAUUACAUUCUGAACAUAAUAUAUAUCAAUAGAGUAUGUACAUGUUUAUAUUGUAUGUUUUUACCAAUUGCUACUUUAUAUUUACUUCAUCUUUGUUAAGCAAUUGCUUUGUAUAUUAAACCUAUGCAUCUCAGUUAUCAGGUAUAGCA